AUGACUACUGUUGCACAAGUAACCGAAGUUGUAAAUUACUUAUGGCAUCUGUUGCACAAGUACCAGAAGCAAGCCUCCAGGCACUUCAUUCGCGUGGCCACACCUCUGCCCUACUUGUUCUUCAGCUUGAUCGCCACGGGUUUGCUUGGGUUUGCUACUGCUUUGCUCAUUCGCUCCAUCGUUCAGUCGCUCUCGCCCUCUUCAGUCUCCAAUGCUGUGACCACCAUGGGUUUUGCUUAUCAAGCCGACUAUGGCAUCGAAACGCAUCUUGAAGGAGCUCCAGGAUUUGUAGAAGGACCCUCCUACUUUAUGUUAUUUGAAUGGGUCUUUGAUGGGUCUUGGUUCCUUCUUCGUUCUAUCUUUGUUUGUGAUCUCUUCACUUUUGACAGCAGUUGCUUCAGUCCAAGUAAGUUUUUGCUCAUGCUAAUCAUUUUGGAUUCUUGCUAUAACUUAAAAAAAUAGUUUAUCAGUUGAGGAAAGUUAGAUUCUUGUGCUGUUUUAUUAAAAAAAUUUGUUCUUGUGUAUCUUAUAUUGUUGAAAUCCUGUGUUGAACUGUGCCUAAAGUUCAAGUACUUACUGAAAUCUAUGUGGUUCUUGUUGAAAUUUGUCUUCUUCUUUUUUUGUGUGUUGAAUUUGCUGAAGUGUGGCAAGUCACUGCAAUAUUUUUGCUUUUGGCACCAAUAAAUUUAACAAGUAACAGUUUGUCAAAUGACAUUAUCUAA